GCUGCGACUGAAACCAUGCUUCUGCCGGUUGCGAAGUGCGGCUUGGCGUUUCGGUUGCUGCAGGGGACUGGGCUCGGACUUGGCCGCUGCCAGCAUGGGAAGUUGCAGGAUCAUCUGCCAGUUCGACUUAAGCGAAGGCCUAUCUGCCUUUUAAGAGGGACUGGACCGUGGUCCUGCAUCUCCUUUUCCAGGGUCCCUGGGGAUUUGGGUGGGGGGAGCGGGACUUGGGGGAAAGAUGAGAACAUCACGGAGCCCCAGGAUGCUUCUGUUGCACAGCAAGGCGACGACGCAUCCUGGUCGCAGCCUUCCUUGGGAGCCCAGGGCGCCCGAUGCCUUUCUUCUCUGGAGAAGCCCCCGAGAAUGUUGCCAGAGGAGAUGCUGUCUCCAGAGACCAAGUACUUGGCCACUGGCCAGGAGGAAUGCAGCGAUGAAAUCGAGGUGACCUCCCCGCCUCCACCACGGGCUCCCGAGGAUUGUUGUAAAGCCCAGCCCUCGCAGACCAAAGAGAUGCCUGCACACUCCAUCAGGUCAAGGCCCAAGGAACUCCCCUUUCAACCCGGGGACCUUCUUUAUGCUGAGUUCCAAAAAGGCGAAAAUAUAUUUAAAAAACUGUUUAAGUUGGAGGCUGCAGGACAAUUAAGCUGUAACUGGGGAGCAAUUCCAUACAAAGAAAUGAUUGGGAAGUUACCUGGCCAAUUGUUUAGGAGUUCCAUUGGUCACCGCUUUAUGCUGAGAAGACCAGCUUUGGAGGAGUUUGUUUUAUUGAUGAAAAGGGGGCCUACUAUAUCAUAUCCGAAGGAUAUGAAUAUGAUGCUGAUGAUGAUGAAUGUCAAACAAGGCGAUACCAUUUUGGAUGUUGGCUCAGGAUCUGGCGGAAUGAGUUUGUUUUUAUCGCAAGCAGUUGGAUUACAGGGACAAGUUAAAAGUUUUGAAAUUAGAAAAGACCACCACAACCAGGCUAAGAAGAACUACAAGUGCUGGCGUGAUGCAUGGAAGAUUAGUCAUAUAGAAGAAUGGCCAGAUAACGUGGAUUUCAUUCAUAAGGACAUUUUAAAAGCUGCUGAGGACAUAGAAUCCAUAACAUUUGAUGGGGUGGCUUUGGACAUGCUAAAUCCUCAAAUUGCUUUGCCUAUUGUAUAUCCAAAUCUUAAGCAGGGUGGCAUAUGUGCAGUAUAUUUAGCAAAUAUCACACAGGUAAUUGAGCUUUUAGAAGGAAUACGUACCUGCAAACUUGCGUUCUGGUGUGAACAGAUAAGAGAAGUUCUUCUUAGAGACUGGUUAAUAUGCCCAGCAAAAAGGAAAGAUGGCACUUUAGCCCAAAGAGUAGAGGCUAAAACCAAUAUGGAUUUAAAGUUACAUUCUCAAAGGGAAAUUGACACUGAAGAAAGUGAGAAUGCACAAGAGAAAGAUGAUGAUGAAUCACCUUCUGGUUUUCCAUAUAGCUCAAUUCCCUACAUUGCUAGACCCUUUCAUUCACAAGCUAAUCACACAGCUUUUCUUGUCAAAUUGAGGAAGUUCAACCCAGAACAUUAACUGAGUACUCCAGAUGACUGACUGCAACUGAUAUCAAGAUUGUAAAGUACCAAGAUAAACUUAAUAUUGUAAAUGAUUACUUUUAUUACAUACAAAUUUUGAAAUAUGAAAGCUAAGGGAACAGGCAACUGUGCAACUCUUAAAAAAAAACAAAACAUAUAUUACCUCAUUUUGACACUUAUCUUGAAAUUACAUUUAGACAUUUUGUAUUUAAUGAUUCCAAGUUGUUUUAGUUGAGCCAUUUCAUUCUUCAUUUCCUGUAAACCACUCCAUAGAUUUAUCUUGCUUCAUGCAACUCGUUUUCCUUCCCUUUUUUGAUACGUUAUCAGUGGCUAUAAAAAUUUUUUUAAGAAGUAUUAAUACAUGGAAAAUUAGGUUUUUUAAAAGUAUACAUUCAGAUGGCUCUAAGCACAUUUGGAAAAAAUAAAACCUUUGUGUUUCAAUGAUUGUAAUUUAUCCAGGCUAAUAAAAAGAUUUAAUAUCCUUAUUAAUUCUCUCUAAAAUAAAAACAUUUUGGUUAAGUCAAAAAUCUUUCUAAUAAACAGCAGCAGAAAUUUUCAUGUUUGCUUUUGUCUCUUAAAGGUAUAAUGUUGGUUUAAUCACUUUGUCAAAAAAUCAAUUAUAUUGAGGCCUUGUUCAGAUGAAAUCCUACUAAGUACAAGUUGUUACACUUUGUUGUUGAGUUUGGGAGAUUUUCAAAGGGUUUAUAUAAAAUAAAUGUUUGGGUUAAUAGCUAUUUACAAACAAUAACCAACUGGGGGUUGUCCCCACCUCCAACACAAAUACAUUUAGGAAAGCAUAUAAAAGUUUAUUUAAACUAUUUAAAUUUGUAUAUAUUUUCACAUAGUUAUUGUAUGUAAAUACCAUACCCAAAGUACCAUAUUUCACUUAAUACAGUAUUAGACUUGUCUGUACAUCUUUUACACAGUGAUUUUUUAGUUCAUUGUAUUUCUAUUAGCCUCACUGUUAUAAAGACUAAUUGGUUAAUAGUUUCAUAAAAUAGAAAACUAUUUUAAGAAAUUAAAUUGAGAAGUUAAGUAACUUGCUCAUGUUCACAGCGCAUUAAGUGUUAGAAGCAGGAUUUGAACUCAGGUUUCUCCUCACACUAAGCUGGCUAAAUUACGAUUAUCUAUACUAUUAGUAUACAGCAGAAUUUAUUUUAAUUAUAUUUAUGAUAUUUAGACUAUUUUAUACAAUCUUUGAUUUGUUAUAUAUCUCUUAUGCACUGUCAGGGAAUAAGGAGUUCUACAUCGCCCUGGAUAGGAAUGGCACCAACUACUUCUCUAUUCCCUUCCUCUUACCCCAUAGUUCUCUACCAGAUCAGACUUUUUAAAAAAUUAUUAAUCAUUAUACUAUAAUUUAGUGAUACCCUCAGGACAUACAAGGUGUAAGUAAGGGUUGUUUGCCCCUAUGAUAAAUGGUUUCAGACUGCCAUACAUCAUUGAAUUUGUCUUUGUACAGUUUUUCCUAUUUUUCCCGUUGUUACCAGCUGUCGUCCUUAAUUUGCUACUUUUCAUGUUCUGUGGGCUAGGAUACAAGGUGACUAAAUGUCAGAAUUAUUUCUGAAAUAAGUGUAAAGAGGCUUGAGUUCUAAAGGAAUAAAGUAUCUAAGCUUUACUGCACAGGCUUUGUGACUUCCAGUUUUGCUACUAAGAAGCCAUUUUUGUGUCUAUUCCUUCUGAAUUCUUAACUGCAAUCUAGAAUUGUGGAGUUUUUAUUGAUACUUGUUUGAACCAAGAUGAGCUAUUGCAAAAGGAUUAAAAUAAAUUCAUGCCCCACAAAAACAAAAAACAAAACAAAAAAAUAAAUAAAUAAAUUCAGAGGAAACUAAUGUAAUAAAGUGAGUAGUAGAAACAAUCUUCAGUGGGGCAAUUGAUCUAAGAAAUAUAAGGACAUGCCCUUCAUAAGACUGAUUAGAGUUUCCAUCAGGUUUCAAAACUCCUAACACUAAAGGCAGAAACAAAAAAGUACAACUAGUCUUUAAUAAGUAUUUCAUUUAAGACUUUUCAGUAACAAAAAAUAUUUGCAUAAAAGUUUUAGAAAAGCCAUAAGUAAUAGCUAUAAUUAUAUUUAAAACGCAAUGGGUUUUUGGUUUUUUUUUUGGUGAGGCAAUUGGGGUUAAG